GCAAAUACUAUGUAAUUGAUAGAGUAGUAAUGUAUAGAUAAACUUCUAAUAAUAAUAUUUAACUACCUGUCCUCCCAAAAUUACAUGUUUGUUACAUCAAUAAGCAACAUACCUAUGCCUGUAAAUUAAAGACAACAAUAAUGAAUCGGCGGCUAUAUUUAGCUAUACUAUUAUUAUCAUUAGUAGUAACUGUCAUAUUAUUAGGCUGUCCGCAUGUCAUAUAUGGCGAUCCCAACAACACCACCACCACCAUCACCACCAACGGUAACGGUAGCAUCAAUGAUGACGCCGAUAGUGUCGUACCCGAAGAGUUGCCACAGAGUGCCAAAUCUGUGUCGUCACCGCCAAAGACAGGACAACUGUCCCCAUCGGCUGUCGAAGAGUACAUGAAAGAACAUCCGGAGCUCAAACAGAUGCCCAAAAAUGACGGGUCAGUAGGUCUGCAGCCGCCGCCGCCGCUGCCACCGCUGAAACAAGUGUUCAACAAAUAUGGCGAUAUAGUUGCCGGUGCUGUCAAUGGCACUGCUAACACAACAACUACUACUACUACUACUGCUGGUCAAGUGUUUAGUCAGCCACAAGAACCGGGUGGUGUCGGUAAUGGUAGUACUAAUACUAGUAGUAGUAGUAGUAGUAGUAGUAGUCAUCUACAAGAAAAUCCUGAACAACAACAACAAGCUUUUGUGUCAAAUGCUUCCCAACAACUAUACCAACAACAGUAUCAACAAUAUCUGCAACAAUACCAACAAUAUCAGGAACAGCUAAGACAACAACAUCUGCCGCCAGCACCGCCACCUCAACAGCCACAGUAUGCCUAUACCUAUAACACUGAUCCCAGUGCUGGUAGUGCUGCUCCCGCUGCUACUGCUGUUGUUGCAGCUGAUCCUAUGCAAGCAAUCGCUUCACUGAAUGCACAAAUCCAACAAUUGUAUCAAUUGAUUCAAUCACAACACCAACAACAACCACAACAACAGCCACCACAAGUUCAACCACAACAACAAGAAACUCAUAAUUUACAUCCUGAUUCUUCAUCACCACAAAUAGCCUAUCCAGUUGGUGCACCUGAUGCUGCUGCACCUCCAGUAGCCAUAAUACCUACUAGUGUACCAUCAUCAGGAGCAGCAGCAACUCCUAUUGUUGUCCACAAUAAGAAACUAUUGCAUAACAAAAAUAUCAAACACCAUCACAACCACCACCAACAUCACCACCAACAACAACAUCAACAUCAUGUUGUUGCUGUAGAACAUCCGGUCGCCAUAACUCCCGGUCCCGACGGUAUUAUCGAUUCGGAAAUGGAGUUAACGCCUAACCAAUAUUUGCGAUUGUUUUCAAAGAAAAACUCGGAACUGCCUCUCGGACAACACGAAAAGAUGGUAUAUAAAAAAAUGUACGCCAAAAAUCAACAACAAUUACAACAUAUGCUUAAAGUGCAAAAAUAUUUGGCCCAAAACAUGGGACAGUCAUCUAACCAGUUAGCUAUUGUACCGUCAGCUAAGGAUAUGGAAGCAGAAGAUCAAUCACCAGCAGCACCGCCGCCAUCACCACCACUACAGUCGCCUCAAAUAAAUCCACAAUUAUUAGCUCAGAUGUCACAGUUUAUACAGCCAGCAGCGGCGGCGGCACCGACCUCACAUUCAGCGGGCAGCGGCAGUCCCUCAUUACUUAUAGAUAAAUCGCGUAUGAGAAUCGUGCCCAUGCCGUACGGUAAUGGCCAACAACAGGGACUGGUCGGGAUGGAUCCACAAAUGUUGCGCAAUCUGGAAACAGGUGCUGCCCAACUGGACAUGUCAAAUGCCAAGAUUGUACCCAUGCCUAUCAAUAGUGAUGGUGACGGUAGUAACGGUGAUGACACUGGAGGUGGUGGUAGUGGACAGUUAGGCGGCGGCGGUGGCGGCGGCGACGACGAUCCAACUGGUACGCAACCGCAACAAAUGCAACCGUCACCGUACGGACCGUUGAUUGGCGGCCCGCCGCCCGACGGCGGUGACCAGUCGCCCGGUGCCACCGAAUCCGAAUCAAUCGAAUUCCGGCCCGAAUAUCCCGAAGUGGUUCCAACAACUCUGGCAUCGCCGUCGGCUAAGGAGCUGAUAGUCACAUCACCGCAACAGCAGCCGUCUAUCAGUGCAUCCAAACGCAAGUUCCGAUACAAUCAAGUGGUCAAACGUCGGCACAACAGCGCCGCAGCCGCCGCCGUCAGUGGCAGCAGCAGUGGUGGUGGUGGCGGUGGCGGCAGCGGCGGUAAACCCAAGUUUCUUAUGAGAGCUCGACUAACAAAUUUGCCGAAAAAAGGACAGUUAGGCGACGCCGAUAGCUGGUGGUUGAAACCAGUGCCCGACUAUUGUUCCGAUAAGAUUGUCGAAAUUACCGACUGUCCAGAUAGUCAGCUCAAGUAUCGGGCAAAGCGUUGGUCGUUUGAUACGACAGACGAAAAAUGUUAUCUCUAUGAGGAUGAGUGCCAUUCGGUUAAGAGAAAUACAUUUUCGACACUCAAGGACUGUAUGUUUACCUGUUGGCGACCCUAACGAUGAGGAAGGAAGGGGUGGAUAAGGGAUUGGUAGGUGUCGUAGAUGUGUAGGUAUAGAUUGAACCCAUAAAUUGAUUUUUGUUUUGUUAUUUUUUCAUAAAUUAAAUUUUUUAUAAUU